AUGACUAGCCAAGCUGAUCCGAAGCUCGUGCUGGCCGCGGAAAGGCGCCUACGCCGCUUGAGUCGUCAGCGGCGCCUGCUGAACUCCUCACAACCCGAGCCGCUUCUGAUCUUCACGCCGGUGCCUCCGGCAACGGCGAGUCCCAUCGUCGCGUAUGACUUGGCGCCAAAGGCCUUUGCAUCUGGCCGGGUUGACGGUGGCGAGUCGUGGGCCGAGCGGGCGAUCGAGCAACGCGCGUACGAGUCCACGUUCGGCAGAGACUACUUCAUGUAUGACUCCCUCCACGUGUACCGCACCUUCUUUCCUGGAAAGCGCGACGGCUUCGUCCUCGAGGUUGGGGGCCUCGAUGGUGCGGCCAGCCUCUCAAAUUCUUACUUCUACGAGCGUUAUCUCGGCUGGCGCGUACUGAUGGUUGAGGCGUCACCCCUGAACUUUGCAAAGCUCUUCACGCGCCGCCCCGCUGCCUUCCGCCUGGAGGCGGCCCUUGGCGAGGCCCACCAGACACUGCGCUUCUCUGGGCACGGCUGCUGCGGCAGCCUUCUCAAGGGCGGCGCGGAUAGCUAUUUGGUGCGUUCCGUUCCGAUUGGCGCGGUUCUGCGUGCGCUUGGAGUCGAACGGCUCGACUUUUGGUCGCUGGACGUCGAGGGCGCGGAACUGGCGGUGCUAAAGGGGAUGGAUUGGUCCAUCCCCGUGUCGGUGCUGCUCAUUGAGUCAGUCAAUGACCCGAUCCGAGCAUUGCUGCGAUCGCGCGGUUUCGAGCACCAUCCCCACGAAAGCCCGUCGCGUCUCAACGAGAUCUGGGUCCACCAUGAGCUGUCGCACGCGAAGCAGAAGGGGGCAGGCGCACUCGGGACCGGAAGGAAGGUGGCGGAGGGGGAGCGCGGCGGCGCGUCGCCGCCCACCAAGAAGGCUGCCGAAGACAAGGAGUCCCGCAAGGCUGCCGCGGGCGCGGCGGCGGUUGCGGCGAGGGAGCUGUCGUCGCAAAAGCAGCAGCAGGACAAGGGGGAGGAGAAGGUGGUUGUGGUUGAAGCGCUCCCCGCGGCAAAGAUUCCCGCCGUGGAUUCGGGUCCUGUCCCGUGCGCCUGCUGGCGCGCCGACCGUACUGGUGCCGGGGUCGAGGUGGAGCCGGGGGAGCGGCUGAUGGUGGCGCGCAAGGCCACGGCCGGAUGGGGCUGUCAGCUGGCGGAGGGGUUCGUUUCCAAGCGAUUGACUGAGGUGGUCCUCGCAAUCGACCAGGCCGAGGGCGACGCGUUCUACGGCGUCGUCGGCCGCAACUUUUCGCCCGGCGGCUGGGAUACGCCCUUCUGCGGUGGCUCGGCGGACCAGCACUGCAUUGGGGUGCAGAGCGGGAGUGGCCGCGUGGUGUACAAGGGGCGCGAGACGGAGAUGGCGCUCGACAUGCAGCUCAUCGAGCCGUCGGGAAAGCUCUCCGUCUCCGUCACCCUUGAGGGAGAGACCAAGCUGCCGCCCGAGGUGACCGUCGCGGGCCGGCCUGUGGCUACGACUCAGAGUCGCUUAGACGUCAUGAUGCAAACAGGUAGCCACGCGGUGCGGGUGGUGCACGUGGAGAGCAGGCCGUCGGACGACACGCGCUCAAUCUGCAACACCAAAGACUUGUGGGACCCGAGCAACGUCGUCGCGCCGAUGGGCCUCGACGGCCGCGCGAAUGGCCAGUCGGACGCGGCGAGGCAGCGUCGGCACGAGGCGCCACCGCCAUAUGAGAGAGAGAGAGAGAGAGAGACUUCUCUUCUCCAUAUGUAG